AUGGCGUUCUCGCUUGGGGGCGCGUCCCAGCUCUCCAUGGGGGUUGCUGGAAAGGUGCAACUGGGAUCCGAGCUGCAAGAGAUACAGACGCAGGAGGUUGGCUUUCUUUCACUCAACGGCGACUCUAAAAUUCGGCUUCUGCCCUCUCCAUGGCCUACCGAUGCCUUACCCCCUCCCACUUCGUCCCUGCUGAGUGUUGCAUCGACAAAGUCGCUACUGGCUGCUGCUGGACCGGAAGGCAUCGUUAUCGCGAGCACUGAUUCUGUCAGGAAAGCAUUCUUCGCGGACACGACCAGUGAUAGUAAUAUUCGACCUUUCCAGCCAGAACUGCAGAUACCUCUUCCCGGGAAGAUCUCUCAUGUCGCAUUUUCAGCAGACGAAAACGCACUUGUGGUGGCGGCGCAAAGCGGCGAUGGACUGGCAGUAUACGAUGUAUCCGCUCUUUUACAAAACAACACACAGCCAAGGGCGACGAUUAGUUUAAGAGGGGAGUCACUUCGCGCAUUAGCCCCAAAUCCAGUGGUAUCCGAUCUUUUUGCCGCUAUAACAGUGAAUGGUGAACUUUUAGUUGCAAAUAUCCAGACCAAUCAACUGGAGAUGGGACCUAGUGGGCCGGUAUUAAAGACGGCUGUCAGUUCCGUAUCUUGGAGUACCAAAGGCAAGCAAUUGGUCGCUGGCCUUGUAGAUGGAAAUAUCUCCCAAAUGACCCCCAAAGGUGAAACAAUGGCAGAAAUUCCAAAGCCCCCAAACCUAGGAAACAAUCAACAUGUUUCUUCACUUACUUGGCUUGAAAAUCACCUAUUCUUCAUCGUCUAUACGCCUACCGAUGGAAACAUGGCGUCGUCUUACUACAUUGUAACGCGGCAUCCACCUGAUCAGUACGAAUUUCGACAGCUACCCGAGAUUUGCUCACCUUUUGGUCUGGAGCGUUAUCCCUCAUUUCAGUUUACGGGUCGCUUGAGAGACUUUGAACCCAGCUUAAAGGAAGUUCUGGUCGUGUCAUCAACCGCAUCGACUGAUGUAGGGCUUCUUACGAGAUCAAGCAGGCCGCUAGCUGAUAAUUACCCUGCUGACCAAAUUACCGAUCUUUUUACCGUUACAACAAUGUCUGAAGACUCUCGAAGAGCAGAGUUGCCUAUGACGGAAGAUAUGUCUGACACAUCUCCUCUUGGCCUAGCCAUAGAUUUAUCAAGCAAGGAUAAUGUUCCUUCCCCUAUUCCUGGAGAGGAUCUCAAGGAGUCCACAACUCCACUACCCGCCAUUCUAAUACUUAACAAUGACGGUGUACUAUCCUCCUGGUGGUUUGUGUAUUCGGAAUCGAUCAGGCAACAGAAACCGUACCGCGGUCUUUCGAUCCUUCCGAAGUCGCAAACAGUACCCCAGCAACGUACAGUUGCCGUACCUGAAACCCCCAAACCGGCUUUUGGACAACCAUCGUUUGGGCAGUCGAGUUUUGGUCAGCCAUCUUUUGGAAAGCCCACAUCACCAGCGUUCGGUAGUACUACACCCCUUGGGGCUAAUCGGACCCCAGCAUUUGGCUCUCCUUCGGUACUGGGGGCUUCUCGACCUGCUUUUGGCUCUACGACUCCUAUGGGUGGAAACAUUGCGUUUGGGACUGCGAGCGUACCCGGUCAGCAAGGUCCAGUUUUUGGACAGUCGAGCUUAGGUAGCGGUAAAUCCCUCUUCGGCGAGGGGCCCGCGCAGGCAACGAGCUCAUUUGGUGGUGGAGGUUUCAGUUCGUUUGCGUCAACUGGUGGAUUUGGUGGCACAAUUACAUCUCACACUCCUACGCAGAGCCCAUUUUCAAAACCAGCGAGCGACAAUCCUUUUGCAAAUGCUGGAAAGCCCGUAUUUGGUGCGCCAAGCUCAGAUACAUCCGUUCAGCUACCUACGACUCAACCCUUUUCUGAUGGCUUUGUUCUCGGCUCAACUUUUAAAGCCGACCCAUCCGGAGCUAUGGAUGAAGAUAAACCAGAGCCGUCAACUCUAUCUUUUGGAUCUGUCGCAAAGUCACUUGACCUUGGUGGUAACAAUGCGAUCGCUGAAGCAGUAUCGGAACCAUCAUCAUUUUCCUCUCCUUUUACGAGUAUUACCGAAACUAAGCCUAUGGCAUCUAAAGAAUCGCCCUUUGGCGUACCAUCAAAGGGGUUGUUUGGACAAUCUCCACAGGCCCCACCAAUAUCAGCAACAACACCAUUCAAAGAGGCCACCCUGUCGCCGCCCAAGUCAGCCAUAGUCACUGAAUCGAAACCAGCUGAGACUUCGCUAAAAGAAAACGUUACUAGUCCGGUUUUAAAGGGUGAGAUUUCAAAUGACGUUAAACAGUCGCCGUUGUCUAGCAUUCCAGAACCACCACUUCCCCCCGAGCCGACGAGUAGAGAUGCGUACGGGCCUGGCGAUACCUCCGCCUCCUCAUCCAGUAACUCGCAAGAUUCGCCUGAAGAUGCUCCCCUACCUCCAGACUUCCUCCAUACAAAAGUGUUGGCGCCCCAAACAGAACACCACAGUCCUCCUGAACCCCCACCAGCUCUACCAGAGGAAGCUGAAAUCGAGAAAGACGAGGAUUUCGAAGACAGUGGAGAGGAAAUCACACACGAAAGCAGCCCAACGGAUGUCAAGUUUUCUCCUGAAAGCUCUUUUGGUCCCGAUCAAAGCCCAACUGAGGAACGAUUUACUAAGUUCUCGCAGCCGGAGCCUACAAUUCUAGCCCCAAAAUCAUUAUUUGGCGAAAUCGCAGAAGCUCCAAUAUUUGCUCCUCCGAAAAUGCCCAAGGGUCGCCCCCGACUCAACCCGAGAUCCCCCAGUCCCGUACGCAAUCAUCCGGUGGGAAUGCUUUCUACCCCUGAACCCUUGAGGUCAACUAGCGCUCCUAUACCCGGGCAUGCACUAUCUCGCCGUAGGGCUGCUUUAGAAAGCUCUGCUCUUCCUAACCAAGUAAUCCCCGUACCCGAAGACUUUUUAGAUUCGGCUUCCAGGGAACAAGCUCAACGCGAAACUGAGAAGCUAGUUGCUGAAACCCAAGCGCUUGCUGAAGAUGAAGACGAGCAACUGCGAAGAGAUCUAGCGCGGCCGCUUUCCCCAGCCCCAACCCUUGACCCUUUCUUGCCUCACCAGGAUUUUACUGGUGAAAGUCUAAAACCUGGAAUUCCAGGUCAGAUUGAAAGGCUCUACCGUGAUAUCAAUGCCAUGAUAGGCACUCUUGGUAUCAAUGCACGCUCCCUAUCUGCAUUUAUGCUAUUCCAACAGUCAACCAGAAAUUUUGACUCUACAUCAUGGCUUAGGACGCUGCGAAGUGAAAAGUAUGCUGAAAUUUCUGAAGAAAAAUUGCUCCUUUCGGAAGUUGAUAAAUUGCAGGAAGGUGUUGCAGCUCUUGGCCAGCGCCUCGAAGAAGGCAAGGCGAGAGGCGUUCAGGAAAAACUUGAAAAAUGCCAUGAGUUAUUUGGUGGAGAUCUUUUGAGGCUUCGAAGUCAAUGCGCCAACAUGCGACAGACUUUGGAUUCGUACUCGGAUGCCGCCGCUAUAGCCUCAGCGCCGUUGUCAGCAGAACAAUCUGCACUGCAGCAAGACUUACGAAAAUUGUCAAUGGAUGUCCAGAGCAAACUUGCAGAUCUUGAGAAAGAUAUAUCAAUAUUAAGAGCACGGAUUGCCGACUGCUGCAAGCCGACAGAUGGAAUAGCAGGGAAGAACCGGAAACACACAGGCCGGCCUACCGUUGAUGCGGUCAUGUCUACUAUCAACACCAUGACAAACAUGGCCGAGAAGAAGAGCGGGGAUAUUGAUGCCCUAGAAGCUCAGAUGCGAAAAUUAGGAAUUGACGUCUCAGGCUCUAUGCCUCCUAGAAGCAGGGAUGGAUCCCCAUUCUCAACCCCUGUCAAGAGAGCAUCCCGACCACCGUUGACACCCAAUUCUCGAACUCCUCUCGAUGGCGUUCGUACCUCCUACCACACUCCCGAGUCGGGUCGUACUUCGAAAUUUAGAUCAAGCAUACUAUCCCAGAGUAUGUCACAGAGCCCAAGCAACCCUGUGGAGCUUAUAUCGCCCCAAGCUCUAGAAAAGUGGAAGGCCAACGCCCAACGACGCACAGAGGCGGUAAGCUAUUUGAGAACAGCACUUCGCGGCCGGAAAUCGAAAUUACGAAGUCUGGAUAGUUUUUGA